AUGGACUUUGAGGUCGAUCUCGACACUAUGCUCGAAGUGAUUCCCCGAAAUACCUAUUUCCAAGAACCACCAGUUGCUGGGUGCCCAAAUUGCCCAGAUUUUGGGUGGAAGAACAAAUUGGGUUUUUUAGCUGCAAAUGUAUAUGGUGUAAAUGUGGCAGCAGAUGGGUUAAAUGAAGCAGAGUACCCAAAUCCUGCAAAUGAGCGUAGCGAAUUCAACAUUUCCAAACCAGUGAUCACAUCAAUUUGUUCCUAUAUUUUGGGUAACUUUGCAUCGGUGGACGAAGUGAUCAAAGGUCUUGAAGACGUACAACCGGCAGGAAUCAACGGCAAAGUAGCUCAAAAUAUACUCCACAUCCCUGCACCUACUACCGGAAAGGACCAUACAGCGCCAUUUCACGUCAGUAUACACGAUCGCAAUGGUAAGAAUUUAGUCAUCGAGUUUUUAAAAGGGAAGACAAUCAUUCUUGAGAAUCCAAAUGGUGUGCUUACAAACGAUCCGCCACUUCACAAGCAAUUGCAACUACUUCAACGUCAUUUGCACAAUGCUACGGGAACUGUCAAUAGUAGUGUGAUCGUACCUGGGGGUUACAGCUCGACAGACCGCUUUGUGCGUUUAUCAGUCUUGAACAAAAUGAGUGAAGAAGGGUACAAUGUAACUUCAGUCCAUGCAUCGUACGCUAACACUCUUAGCGAUGAACAACGAGUGGUUUCGGAUACUUUACAUCUAUUAAACACUGUGGUACGACCACCGAAUGGAGAAGCCACUCAAUGGUCAAUUGUACGAGAUCACAAGCGUCGUAUGUUGUACAUCCGCUCGACUACAAAUCAGUUACUUCGUCGCGUGGAUUUGAAUCAGUUGGAUUGGACGAAUCCACUUGCACGUAGAAUGAUUCCAGUUUCAUAUGGCAAGUAUUUUGUAGACAUGACAAAACCACUUCUUGAUGAGCAAAAUACGAGGCGAACAAAGGAUUUAUCACCACGCAGUGUAGUCGAAUCUGCGCUUUCGAAGAAAUCCGAUCCAUCGGUGAAGUUAAGAGGAAUGAAGACACCGUUACAAAUGAUGGUCAAGAUGAACAAGAACGACGAAGCUCGAUCACAAGAUGACACGUCGAUUGCAGUAUUGGAAAGGAAAGUCGAAUAUCUUGGAUAUGCUAUAUGUCUCGCCUCCGUAGCUGUUUGUAUCUUGAGUUUUCGACUUCCAUUGUAG